AUGCCACCAAUGAGCGUCCUGACCUCUCGAAACAUGCACACCAUUCGCCUGCCACAUCCCAGUAACCCUUUCAUGCCAGCAAGAGUGCCGAGACAUUGGCCGCAAGCCUCUGGGUCUGUCGCCCUGGCAGUACAGCAGGCCGGAUACAGUUUCUCGAAGACGUGGAUCUCACCAAACAUCUCCGGAAACAAGCAACAGGAGAGGGCGAACGCUUCUCGCAUGGAACGACAUCUCGACGGUCGAAAGGAGAAGCAAGCACAUCGAGAGUACAACAAGCAGAAUGUCGACGAGCCGUCAGGGAGCAAUACGGUGCUCCAGGGCGCCAGGUCUAUGAACUUGCCUUCACUAUGCACCCUUGUGCGUGGCACUUUGUGCCUCCCGACUGCCAUCUGGUUCUUGGAAACAUCGUUGGGAUGUGGUGUUCGCGCAGAACACCACACCCCAACCAUGUAUCGCGUUCCACCAGUCCACCUAACCGACCAGGAGCAGCGCGAGCUCGAUACACGCCGCAUGCAGCAGAGUCAAAUGACACAGAACUUGACACUUUACAUUGUCAGCUUCAAAUGCUCACGCGUGGACGUCUUCUACCUGCUCGACAACACCGGCCUGACCAUCAGAGACGGCGACAUGGUCAAGUUCGAAGCCAUCUAUCCCGCAUCGCUGACAGUCCUCCGCAACAUCGCGCCCUAUCAGAGCAACUUGGCCCGCGCAACCUCGACGAAGAUGCAGGACAUGUUCCAGAGAAUGUGCAGUGCCGAGUUCAUCUGCAAGACGGAAAGCGCCGGUGUCCUGAUCAGCGAAUACCUCGAUGCUAUCAACAGCGUUCUGGCCAACUACUACCAGGGAGAACCGCCGCAAUGA